AUGUUUAGCUCAAUUCUUAACCCUUUGCAGAGGUUUUGGAACGUAUGGAAUAUCAGGGUAAUCAUUAUCUUUAGCCUCUUUCUGCAAGCUUUUUUGAUUUUGUUUGCUCCCUUCAGAAAACGCACAUCUAAAAAACCAAUGAUCUUGCUUAUCUGGAUAUCUUACUUGCUGGCUGACUGGGCAGCAAGCUUUGCUGUUGGACACAUCUCCAGCGGUCAAGGCUCGAGCUCAGGUUCCAAUGAUAAAGGAAACAGCUUUGUUGGACACUUCUUCUCCAUGGAUCAAGAGAAAGUCGCUCGUUCCACCUGUAAGGGAGGAGCGGCCUCCGAUGAGAAUGCUGAACUUCUGGCAUUUUGGGCUCCCUUCCUUUUGCUACACCUGGGUGGACCGGACACUAUCACUGCUUUUGCCCUUGAGGAUAAUGCUCUCUGGCUUAGGCACUUAUUCGGGCUAUUAGUCCAAGUAGCGGUGACUGUUUAUAUCUUUAUCCUCACACUUCCUAAAAACGGUCUAUUGGUGCCAACAGUCCUCAUGUUUGUGGCAGGAAUCAUCAAGUAUUGUGAGCGGACACGUGCCUUGUUUCUUGCAAGCUUGGAUAGGUUCCGAGAAUCCAUGCGUAAACAACCUGAUCCAGGGCCCAACUAUGCGAAGCUCAUGGAGGAAUACUCUUCAAAGAAAGAAGCCGGACUACCAACAAAGAUCGAAAUGACACCAGAGCCUGGUAAAGAAUCAAAGCUUGCAACUCUGAGUCUGGAAGAUAAAGAGACGUUAACCGAAAUUGAUGUGGUAAAAUAUGCUCACAAGUACUUCAAAAUAUUCAGGGGACUCAUCGUUGACCUUAUCUUCAGCUUUCGUGAGCGCAACGAAAGCCGAGAUUUUUUCCGGAAGAGAAGUGCAGAGGAUGCGUUUAAAGUAAUAGAGUUAGAACUCAACUUCAUCUAUGAAGCUUUCUUUACCAAGGUCGUUGUGGUGCAUACUAAAUUCGGAUGCUUUGUCCGGGUUGUAUCCACUUGUUGCAUUGUGGGGGCCUAUCUAUUCUUCCUUUUUAUGGAAAAGGAUCAUUUGAAAGAGUUUGAUAUCAUGGUCACCUACACUUUACUAGUUGGUGGCAUGUGUCUGGAUGCAAUUGCUUUCUUCAUGCUCAUUUCAUCUGAUUGGACUAUUGCUACUGUCAAUAUCAAUUCUCCAAAGUCAACCUGCUUUAAGAAGAUUGCCAAAAGAUAUCUUCAAUUAAAGAGUUCAAAGUGGGACUCUGAACACAAGGUAUUGUCUACGCAUUGGCUGAUUCGCAGGUGGUCUGAAUCCGUGGCAAAAUUUAGCUUGAUAGAUUAUUGCGUCAGGCUACGUAGAUAUGAAUUCAAAGAUUUUUGUAUAAUGUUUUGUAUCGAUAAAGGCGUUGAUUAUUUGGGUGGAAGGGAGUUAGUAAAUGGGCUCAAAUAUGUGAAGGGAGAGAAACUCCCUAAAAAGCUAUGGGAAUUCAUCUUUAAUGAGUUGCUAGCUAAAUCCAGGGAGGCCGCAGAUGAUGCAGAAGCUACCAAAAAUAUAUGCUCAGCUAGAGGUGCUUAUGCUAUCCAAAAUGAAGAUUGGGAGAGCAACGUGGAUUUGGUGGUCAUUAAUAAAAUAACAGAGGACUAUAUUGAAAAUGUUGCCUAUGAUGAGAGUCUUCUGUUGUGGCACGUUGCUACUGAACUCUGCUAUCAUGAUUUAACGUUGACUACUAUAACGACAAAAAAUGAUAAAAAUGAUAGUCGAAAGGAAGAUGAUGCAAAAACCAAUUCAGAAUGUGAUUACCAAAAAUUCAGUAAGCUCCUCUCAGAUUACAUGUUAUAUCUUUUAGUGAUGCAGGGUAGUAUGAUGUCAGCUGUGGCUGGUAUAGCGCAAAUAAGAUAUCGGGAUACCUGUGCCGAAGCUGAAAAUUUCUUUAUCAGAAGGGGUUUAAAAAGAAAUGGGGUACGUCAGGCCUGUGAAGAAAUCCUUUCAGUGGAUACAGAAGUUAAACCUGUUCAUGUAAAGGGAGAUAGAAGCAAAUCUGUACUGUUUGAUGCAUGUAUGCUGGCCAAAGAGCUGGAAAAACUGAAGGGGAAGAAAUGGAAAAUAAUCAGCAAAGUAUGGGUGGAAAUGUUGUCAUAUGCCGCUAGUCAUUGCAGACCAGAUACUCAUGCACAACAAGUAAGUAGAGGUGGACAGCUUAUUUCUUUUGUUUGGUUACUCAUGGCUCAUUUUGGCCUCGGGGAGCAGUUCCAAAUCAAUGAGGGCCAUGCUAGGGCAAAACUGAUUGUGGGUAAGUAGUUGAAUUUGUGUUCUAUUGGUCUUGUUAUCUGUGAGAAAUAAAUGGAUUGCACCAGUAUGUGAAACUCAUUAUAUUCUACUGUAGUUAGUGUUUAAUUAAUCAGUGUUGUAUUCUUCUUUUGGCUUUUUCUUUCUUUGUCAUGAGUUAUCUGU